UUCUCAAUCUAUCGACAGGGCUGCCGGUGCUUACGACAUUGUUAACUAGUCUUGUAAGUGGAUUUAAUUCAUUGAACAAGUAUUGAGUAACCGAGGCAUUUAAAACUAGGGAAUGAAAAUCUUUUUUCAAUAUACAUGACAGGAAAACAAAGGAAGAUCUGUGGAGAGUCGUUAUUACCAAAAUAAGAAGUAGUCAUGAAGAAUAAAUCUAUGUGGAAACACUGUUUGGAGUUGAUAAAAAACUCACCAAGUUCUCAGAAAAGUUCAUACUCCAAGUCUGCCAUUAUUGUUUUACUGGGAAUAAUUAUUGUGAGGUGCGUAUCUGUCGCUUACUUUGUGAUGGGACUUGUCUGGAAACUCCAUACUGGAGUGAUAAACGAGAACUGGAUAAAGGUCCUGAACAGAUUGUGGAUCGGAAAUUUACAGCUGGGAGUGACUGUGAAUGCUCUAGUAUUGACAACUGUUUGCCUGUUCCCUGUUUACAUCAUAUGCGGAUUUUACGGGCUUUUGGGGAUUUUCUGCAGGAAAAAAUUCUUUAUUGUCUUGUACAUGGUGUCAUUGAUGGUUUUCAUCCUGGCAGAUAUGAUUUUCUUCUCCUUGUAUGUUGUUCUUCUUGAUGGGAUUGGAGGAUCACUUGCUACGAACUUUCAAAACAUUUACAUACAAAUGGCACAGCUCUAUCGGACAUACCCCUACACCGAUGUAAUGGGCAUAACAGAGGAUUGGAUUACUAUGUUUUCCACGUUGGGGUGUUGUGGUGUAUCUUCCCAGUACAGUGCUUAUAGCUACGAGUGCUCUGGCUACACCGAAGGAAUGAUUUGUUGGGGGAAAUUCUCUGCAAUAAUGGGGAGUUAUUUAACUUCAUACGCUGGUCUUGCGGGAACUUGUCUUAUCACCGAGAUAGUUCAACUUGUGAUGUGUGACUUAAUUUACAGUCAAAUGUCGCCCACGAAAUUUCCGUUUGCUUUACCUCGGACUUGUAUCACAAUACUCCGAACGUCAUGGAAAAGAUCUCGACAUGCGUUCCUUGCGAACAUCAUCAGACUUAUGACAUGUGUACCAGCAAUAAGCCUGCUAGUAUUGGGGACGAUGCUACUUACUGAUUCUAAACUAUCAGGAACCUAUACUUCUGGAAUAUAUACAAACAUAUACAUACUUGGACAUAAGUUUACGAACAUCGUUGAAGGACUCGGCGUACUGAUGAUUGUUCAAGGAUCAUUAGAAUUUCUUCUGAAUACAACAUCAUUUAUUUCUGAUGUAGUUCUGCACAGCAAAUCAAAGAGCAUACUGAUAACUGUGAUAAAAAUCCUAAUGAUGAUCUCCAAAAUAACCAGUCUGGGACUUGUAAUUAAAGUUGCUGUUCAGGUCAACAGCGAUCUUCGAUUUAAAAUGGCGAACUUAAUGAGAAAUUUCUCUAGCCUUCAACGACAAUGGUUAAAUCUGUUUGGAGAGCUGGAGUGCUGUGGUGUAACCACCUCCAAUGACUUAUGUACAAUGGCGUCUUCAUACUGUAGCCAGAAUUUGCCUUACACAUGCUGUCAACAUGAUUUAUACGCUGUAUCGGAAAAUACUAUCUAUAGUACAUUAACUUGCACAAGUCCAAAUACUCCCUGUCUUGAUGCAGUGUAUUACCGGUUUCGGUGGUAUACCACUGGAUAUUUCAUAGGAAUAUCCUUUUCGCUUCUUUUAGGGGGUUUGGGAAUAAUAUUCACCGUCCUUCAUGUAAGAUCUUUAAGAGUUAAAGAUGCUGCACCUGAGACGAAGCAAAAUGAAAAUGAUUCUGAAUCAGAGAUAGACAAGAAGAGCAGCCCCAGUAUUUCCCUCGGUAGAAGAGUGAUCACGUGUAUUCUAAACCAUAAAUACCUCACAACAGAAUUGAUGACGUCGAUAAUGUUACUGACGAUUGCUUUAGGAUUAUUUGUUGAGGGAUUUGUCUUGACUUACGAUAAAGUUUUCAACCAUGAAAUCAUCAGGGAUGUUCUUUGGGAAGCUAUAACCUUUGAAGGGUUCUCUUUCAACAACCUACGGCAAUCUUUUGCACAUUUUAUGAUUUCGUCAGCCUUAUGGAUUGCUGUUGUAUCCGGAACAGGGCUUUUUAUCCAAAGAACGAGAUCAAAAUAUCUGCAUAUAAUGCAAAUGAUUUUGAUCAGCCUUACUUGUUCUCUGGGGAUUGUCGGUGUUGGACUCUGGGGAAAAGCUUACAGUAUGGUUUGCUCCAGAUUGGAAUCAGAGAUGUCUUCAUUUCUAACAACACAUGGAUACGAUGAAAACAUUGGUUACCUAUUUGGAAAUGUAGCAUCGUCGGCUUGGAGCAAUCUUUUCGCUGUGGCUGAAUGUUGUGGUGUAUCUGAUUAUGCUGGUACAGAGUUGACGGGAACUACCAAGCAAAUACCAAUUUACUGCUGCAAAGAAAAUCCAUUGACAGAGCCUUAUAUUGUCAGCAACGACCAGUGUACGGAUUUUCUGCAGGCAGACCUUCAGCACAACAAAUCAUGCAAAUGUGCUAUUCUGACCAGGCUAAAGGACUACAGCAUUUCGUUUUUCGUUUUAACUUCACUAAUGAUUGCAAUUCUAAUAAUUCAAUUUAUUACAACGAUCAUUAAGCUGCGAAAAGUCGCCUUUAUACCACUGAAUGGCGACAAAUUCUUCAGAAUGACAAAAAUGCUCUGUAAGACAAAGAAGCCUUAUAGAGAGAUUUUCACGUUUCAAAAGAGGAUGAUCCUAACCAUGACCACGAUAAUAUUAUAUCUCAGUAUGAUGGUCAUUGGAAUUGUAAUGAAACAUGACGACAAAAUGACCGGACAAUAUGUGCAAAACGUACACCGGUAUCUCCACUUCAACGGCGUUAAUUUCACAGACAUUGUAGAAGAAAUGUACCUCUCCUUUAUCAUUAUUGGUGCAUUAUCAGUUGUCAUCGCCCUGCUCAAAUUAUCAGACACGAUCAAAGAACUACAAAAUCGCACGAAAAUCAAAAUGUACAUUGGCGGGUUAGUGAUUCUGAUCCUUACGAAAGUGAUAUUUGUGUUCAUGAUGAUAGCAACACGUGUAGACGUUGAUAACAAUGCCUCAUAUCAACUUACAAAUAUGGAUCGACAGUAUUACAAUCAACAUUCUUUUUAUAUUCCAAACCUCGGCUAUGUUCGGAUGUUCCAAGUCCUGAAUCGCUUCUAUUUAGCGUUUGAUUGCUGUGGUGCAGACGGGCCUUAUGCACUCUCUAACCUGAGAAACACUGGUGGCUACAGUGUGUACUCCUCAUUGUCUGGAAGUCAACCAUACGCAUGCUGCAAUGGAAGCUCCUACGCAGAUUCUACGCAGAUGCAUUCAAGUAUUGUGUGUGAGAAAAGGUCUUGCACUCCAGAGUUUUUAGAUAAAAUCGACAGCUACAGCGACGCAUAUUUAGCAACAAUGACUCUGGCGGUCUUCUUUGAGAUUAUCUGCCUAAUUACAGAAGUAUACAGUAUUGUUGCAUGUGGAACGCAACUGAAUACUUCGGUUGCCGAACAUUUGAGAAGGUUUUUCAUGUGACAGACGACGGAAAAGAGAUCAGAAAAGGCGACCAGAAAAGCUCACUUGAGCUUUCAACUGACGUGAGCUAAAUGUUUCAAAGAUUGGGAAUCUAUAUUGAAAAAAAAAGUUUUUUUAAUGACAUUAGGAUUUUAAGCAAAACCUGUGAAGUUAGAUGAAGUUUUAGGUUGUCAUAUUUGCUCUCAUUAAUCGUAUUUUACCGAACAACACGAUCAUGUCUGUGGUGUUCCAGAGGAAUUGUGAUCCCUGACAUAUCUUCUCUUAUCUGCCGUACCAAAUGAUAACCCGAGAAUGGGUUAAAAGACAACUGAAAUAUAAUGGAAUUGUUUCAGAAGCUCACCCACCAGACGAUAAUUCCUUCCUACUAGAUAUUUGUUGGUAAAUUAGAUCGUUAUAACGACCAUCGUUGCGAAAUGCUGACUUCAAAACGAGUUUUUAUCAAUUAGGAAAUACGACUUUGAUAAUUUCAUACCAAAUGUCAAAGUGUUCUAUAUAUAAUGAUGUUAACUACGGAUUACUCCGUUUACAUGCUCAGAGUGGGUGUAACAGAGAUACUUGCUCCAAGGCACACUGGUAUGUCAAGGGUUUUGUAUUCUUUAUUGAUCAUUGUUCGUCAUCUUCACUUUUUCAUUCUUAUCUGGAAAAGCAAGACAAUAUAUCAAAUGAAAUGUCUUAAUGUAGAUUUAGUUUAAUUGAAUCUGUUUCUCGGUGUAAGUUAAUGUAUAUUGUAGGCAGGUAUGAUCAUGUUGGGGUAAAAUUGUUUCUUUAUAAAUGGAUCCUCUGUGACACUCGUCUUGAGGAUGAUAAGGGUACUUCUGCAAAAUAUCUUCUUUAUGUAUAGAAGGAAAAAAAUCGAGUAUUUAAAUGACGCCCUCCAUAGAUGAUGAUCGAGUCUCUUAGCGGCCGGCCUUCACAGGCAAUGACGAGCUUUCCAUGCGAGUGAAAGAUUUUCGAGUGGAACGUUAAACAAUAUACAUGUAAGGAUUUAGAAAAAAAUUACCAUCACACAAACAAUCCUACAUUAAGCACCCCUUUUCGUAGACAACGAGAAGAUCACUGGAUCAGGACCCUAGGCACUGCAUUUCCAUAUGGAUGCAAUGAUAAUGUAUAUGAUGUGGGAAAUUUGACUAGUCCACAAGGAAAUAACGUGAAUGUGAUGGGACUCUUUCCCAAUACCCAAAGACGAAAACGCAGUCAUGGACAUCGUUCGUAUAAAAGACCAAGUAUAAAUGAUGUCACGUUUGAUUCACUAUUGCCUUACGUCAACAGACAAUUAGGUCCACAUCAUAUUCGUACAAAACUUCACUCUAUUCCAUUGAGAAUUUUACACACGUUAUUUGAAGAAGCUAUGGCUAGUCUAUACUUGGAUUUUUCAACACCUGAAUAUAGACUGAACUCUAUGAUUAUGGAUGUUGCCUACCACAGGCUCUAUAAACCAGCACGGACCAUGGAUGAUAUACCUUCCAAAUCAUGCCGCCAGUUCCUUAAGCUCAAAUUUACAAACAAAGGAAUAGAUUCCGUCAACAUAAGCAACAUUCUUCGUCAUAAAAGUGUUCAGUCGUGUAUUCCAACUUAUUUCAAGUUCAAGUCUACACCCUGUAUUUCCUACAGCUAUACUUCGACUAUUGCAUCCAAACUUUUUAAUUAUAAACAAACUUUGCAGUGCUUAGAUAUAGACCAUCUUAUACGUAAUCCACCAACAUGUUCUUGUUCUUCGUCUUCUUUCAGCUAUAGUCCAGCUGGACAUGUCAUUACUGGUGAUGUUGAUAUAGUUGAAAAUGAGGACCUCAAAUCACUUAUUCUUAAAGAUCCUAAA